AUUGUUAAUUGUGUGAGUGGGACGCAAGGGACUUCUUCGUAGCACGAAUUUCAGGUGCAUUUUCUGCGCUUUGUAGGUAGCAUUUACAACCGGAUAUACAAACCUCCAGUUAUUCAAAUCGACUCGACAGUAUCAGUCAAUAAGCAUAAUACCAGCGAUCGAUUUUGUUUUCCCAUUUGCUACUUAGAUCGGCGAUUCAAAGCAAGUAAUAUAAAUUUAAGAGAAAGAAAAUCCAUAACAAAGUAAUUUCCAAAGAAAGGUGCGAUCGAAAUUUGAGCCACUUGAACAAUGCGACAGCUGCUCUUAUACAGUCAAAUUAAAUCGGGCUGAGUGCUGCUAAAUUGGAGAAAACCCUAAUUUAUGCUGGGCUAUAACAAAACAUCGUGUAACCCUACCAAGUACUUUAACCACUCGGACACUGAAGCACAUUCGAUAGACCUUACGACGACUAUAGAAAGCACGCAAGCGGAGGAAAACGAAAGGGCUUUACCAACCUUGAAUGAAACUCUGGAUUCGUAUCUGUCUAGUAUGAUAGAAAGGUAUCACUAAUGUAUUACAGCUGAAGGCUUUUACUAAACUAUGAAACGUAAUCAGAAGAAUGGAGAGUAUGGGAUAUACAGUAAGGAUGGUGGGAGCGAUUUGAGUAAUAAUCUUCUUGACAAGGACAAAACAGCAAUGCAAUACAGCUAUAAUUUGAUAGCUUCGGAAGACAACAGGAGACUCUCUGGUUAUCUCGAUCCAAUUGCCAGGGAGAGAGGCAGGAGAUUUUUUGGUCUUGAUCAAUUGAGGGAUAUCAGAAAAGGAAGUUUACCCGUUCUUGGCGGGAACAGAAAGAGCGGUAGCAAGAAAGGCUUACUGAAAACUCAAGAAAGCUUUGAUUCAUUAGGUGUCUCGGAUAGUAGUGAAGUGACAAGUUUGCAGCAACCGCGAAAAGUCAGUUUGAGUUUUUUGAAAACGAACCCAAGAGAGCUGAAGCCACAAUUAAGCGACCCGAUCCCCCCACGUUAUAGCAAGAAAGCAAACAAUUACGAUGGCCAACAAACACCUAAAACUCUCACGGCAAAGAGUUUGAACUCGCUUUAUUCUGAGCUACCAGGGGUGGGUUUAAGAUUCCAAAGUACUGAAGAGCUUUUUCAGGCUAAUGUUAGCAGUGCAUCACGUAAAACCGGACUUUCCGCUGCCAAAAACAAAGAAAUCAUGCAUACAAAAAUGAGAAAGAAAGCUGUCGUAGACUCGACGGAUGAAUCACAUUACCAGCGACAAUUUCUGCGGAUUUUGAAUAAAAGGUUUUGAAACACGUCAAAUUAAAAUGGUUAGAUAACUAUAAAGUUACUAAACAUACGACGACGGCUGGAACCAUGCCAGACUUUAUGUCCGCAUUAUCGUGUUUUGUUCCAGAGGUAUCUACUCAUCUCACAUGCGACAGAUAGAAGCGAGAAGCUUUAUGAUACUGUUUACAGUAUUUAUCUUUCGCAAGGAACUAUGACAAAUGUAUGCGGAAUUCCCCAUUGAAAAUUGCGAAGUUGCAUCUCGAGGCGGAAUGAUAACUCACAAGAAGUGGUAUAUAUUAUGACUAUAUUAUGACUUCUUUAAAACCUGCUGCAUUCAAGCACUUAAUUUUAUAGACCUUCGGAUAAAAAUGAUCUCCAAGUUAUCUUAUAUAUUGGACGGAAAAUCUUCAAGAAAGACAUACGAGGAGAUAUACAACGAAGUAGUUUCUGGUAAAAAGAGGCAAAUAUGAAAUAUAUAGAAAACGACUCUUUUUAGGCUUACUGUAUUUUAGAAACUUUUAAGAUGUAGUUACAAAUUAAAACGAUUUAGGAAUAAAACUGUUACAUCAUAAUAUAUAAUGUAAGUUACUUGAGUUUGUGUGCGAGAAAAAUAAUAAUAAAGACCCUUAACCUAAACAGAAAAACACGUAAGUAGUAGCAAGUAUCCAGUCAUCAAGGGCUCAGUCGGAGAUUAUUUCUGGCUAUGAGCCUAAGGUGAAAGAUUUGGUAAUUUUCCUAUUCAAAAAGGACGCACAUUUGGGCUGAUUUGAGGAUGUAAAUAUGAUACACAUUAACGCAAUCAUUAAAAUAUAAUCCUUGCACAA